CAUCUGCAAGCAUUGCAAGGAGAGGAUCGGAGCAAUCGGAACACUCAUCAAACAAUAAGAAUACAAUAUGGAAGUUUAUUCAAUAUCCCAUGUUUAUCACCAACAUGUCACAUAGUACGCCAUCCUCUGUUCUGCCCGAUGCAUCGGGAGGAAGCUUAGGUGACGAACAGUGUCUUUCUUCCAAAAGCAAGUCUACGAAGUCAAAAUCCCCAGAUGGACCAAACACUGUCUCUCAUGCUCGGAGUGUGGAUAUACAACGAGAUGUGCCCAGUGUUGACCAUACCCGCCUCACUGGCAUCAAGCUGUAUAUUCUCUUCGCCGCUGUAUUAUUUUCUACAUUCCUUAUGGCUCUUAAUGGGUCCAUAGUUUCAACGGCAAUCCCCCAAAUCACUUCUCAUUUCAAGUCCCUUGACGACAUCGGCUGGUAUGGAAGCGCCUACCUUGUUUCGACUUGCUGUCUCCAGCCAUUGGCGGGCAAAUUCUAUACGCACUUUCCAAUAAAGCAAACGUAUAUAACUUUCAGUGUAAUCUUCUUCAUCGGGUCUGUGAUCUGUGGAUCAGCUACUUCAUCCAAAAUGCUCAUUGCUGGGAGAGCCAUACAAGGUAUCGGCGGAGCCGGAUUGUUAAAUGGAGCAUUUACAACAAUUGCGGCCGCGGCUCCGAAAGAUAAGAAACCCAUGCUCGUAGGAGCCGGAAUGGGAAUUUCUACCCUGGGAUCUGUCGUUGGGCCCCUGAUCGGUGGUGCUUUCACACAGCAUGUAUCCUGGCGGUGGUGUUUCUAUAUCAACCUUCCUCCUGGAGGUCUGGCAAUUCUAAUUCUUUCCACCCUUUCUAUACCUGAGCAAAUGGAAAAGAGGCCUGUUUGGAUCAAUCUCAAAAACAUAGUUACCGAAGAACUUGAUCUUAUAGGUUUCGCGCUCUUCGCCCCUGCCUGUGUCAUGUUCCUACUUGCAAUGAUAUGGGGAGGGACAACAUAUCCAUGGAGGUCUUCAACGAUCAUUGGACUCUUUUGCGGUGCAUUCGCGACGCUACUGGUGUGCGUCGCAUGGGUUAUGUAUAGGGGAGAUAAAGCUAUGAUACCACCCAAUAUCGCACGAAAAAGACUCGUUAUAUUCGGGUGUUUCACAUCCUGCUUCCAGAUGGGGGCGGUGUUAUUGCUCUCUUACUAUCUGCCGAUCUGGUUCCAAGUCGUCAAGAAUGCAAGCCCGACUAUGAGUGGCGUCAUGAUACUCCCUACAGCUAUUGCACAAAUUCUCGGUGCGGUAUUAGCUGGAAAAUUCGUUGAGUUGAUCGGCUAUUGUACCGCGUGGGCACUCUUUGGGUGCACGUUGAGCUCCAUAGGUGCAGGAUUGAUGACCACCUUUCUGCCAUCAACUGGCGCUGGUCCGUGGAUCGGCUAUCAGAUACUUAUGGGUACCGGUCGAGGGUCUGUUCUUCAGAUGCCCAUUACGGCCAUCCAGAACCUCUUGCCAGCGCAAGACGUUGCGAUAGCUUCAUCCCAGGUCUUCUUCUUCCAAUACCUAGGAGGCGCCAUAUUCCUCGCCGUUGGUGAAACCAUCUUUACGAACGGCUUGCGUUCUUCGUUGCAAACAUACGCUCCGAACGUUGACGCGCAAACGAUAAUCAAUGCCGGUGCUUCUGGUGUACGAAGCACAGCCCCGCCAGCUGAUCUUGCAGCUGUGCUCCUUGCAUAUAACCAUGCUCUGGUGCAUACUUUCUAUCUGGCACUUGGAGGAUCUGCUGCGUCUUUCUUGACCGGUUUCGGUAUGGGAUGGCAACGAAUCCCCCGAAAAGCAGCCAAGAAGAAGGAUGAGAAGGUUUCUGCGUAGAUGCUGAGCGAAUUACCUAGAGUCACUUAAUUUUGCUUUAUGACCGAUGGUUAUUCACUUCGAUAGCUGUGUUUCUUCACUCAAUAUCAAUAUGUAAUAGGUUAAACCAUGGAUAGCAUAAUAAUAUUGUCAAACUGGUUGUGUCAUAAUUUCUAUACUAACGUUAUUUUCGUGAUCUGUAGUAUUCUAUCGCCUGUGUAGAAGAAAUUUAGAAAACUAUGAGAACAUAGAAUGAAUAAGUAGGUGGUGAGGAAUCAGCUGGUAUUGGAUCCAGGUAGGCCUUGUCCCGAAUUUGCUUUAGCAAUAGCUUGAGCAAAUCUAUUCAAGAUCUUUGGUGUAUCAUGUUUUCCCAGGAUGACCUCAAGAGGCUGUGACUUCUCACAGAGGAGGUGUCGAUGCGUUGCUUUUUUGGUAUCUUGUUUAGAAGUUGGAG